UCAGACUAGAGAAUCGGUCAUGAGUGUGGAGUGGAGAGGCAGCUUCCGCAAAUUGAAAGCUCAACCGCUGAAGAAAGAGGUAGCUGAGAAGACGGCUUCAGAUGAUUCAAAAUCAGAGAUUAUUCUGCAAUAAGACACCAGUCCAGUUUUUUAGUGUAAGCCAAUAUCCAUAACUCCUUCUGUCAAGUUGAGCUGAUUCGGCGCAUGAUAAACAGCAUUCUGAUAUGUUUUGGAUACGGAUAUGAAUUCAUCGUCUUCUUCUUCUCUUCCUUUUCCUGCUCCCCUUCAAGAAAAGUACGAUGUGUUUCUUAGUUUCAGAGGUGAGGACACACGCGAUGCUUUUACCAGCCAUCUUCAUGCGGCUUUACUUCGGAAGCAAAUUGAGACCUACAUAGAUAACAGACUUGAGAAAGGAGACGACAUUGGACCUUCCCUUAAAGAAGCAAUCAAGAAAUCGAAAAUUGCCGUAGUCAUUUUCUCAAAAAACUAUGCUUCUUCCACAUGGUGUUUGAAAGAACUUGUGCAUAUACUAGAAUGCAAGAAAAGCUAUGGACAAAUUGUUAUACCCAUUUUUUAUGGCAUAGAUCCAUCACAUGUACGAAAACAGCAGGGAACUUAUGCACUCGAAGAUCGUCCACUUAAGCGCAGUACGGAUGAGGUGACCAACUGGAGAGCCGCUUUGGAGGAAGCAGCCAAUAUGUCUGGGUUUCCUUAUUCAAGCAAAAAGGGGACGGAGGCCGAUUUUGUUGAGGAAGUUGUCCAACAUGUUUUGACCAAAUUGAAUCGCGAAUCGUCAAGUGAUUUAAGGGGCCUGGUUGGAAUUGAAAGAAAAAUUGAGGAAAUGGAGUCGUUAUUGUGGUUGGAUUCAACAGGUGUUUGCUGUGUAGGUAUUUGGGGCAUGGGUGGUAUUGGCAAGACCACCCUUGCUGAUGCUGUAUUUCACAGGCAGUCUUCUAAAUUUGAUGCUGCUUGUUUUCUUGCAAAUGUUAGGGAGAAAUCAGAACAAACGGAUGGACUAAAACAAUUGCGAAAUACACUUCUUGGUGAAAUAUUAAAGGACUCCUUUAAUAUCAACACUCCAUCUAUACCACUUCAUAUUCAAGAUAGGCUCAGGCGUACAAAGGCGCUCAUUGUUCUUGAUGAUGUGAAUGCUCGAAAACAACUAGAAGAUCUUGUUGGUGAUGAUGAUCGGUUUUGCCAAGGAAGUCGAAUCAUUAUAACUGCUAGAGAUAAAGGCCUACUUGAGCAAAAAGUUGACCAUGAAAAGAUAUACAAUGUUGAGGGAUUAGGUUCUGAUGAAGCUCUUCAGCUCUUUCAUUCCCGUGCUUUCAGAAAUAAGUCUCCAACAACAGAUUAUGUUGGGUUGUCAAAAAAGGUGAUAGUUUAUAGUAAGGGCAAUCCAUUAGCUCUUAAAGUUAUGGGGUCCUUAUUCCAUCGUUGCAGGAGCAAACAAGAGUGGGAAGACCAAUGGAACAAUUUGAAACAUUUUUCAAACGAAGAAAUCGAGGAAGUGUUGAGAAUAAGUUACGAUGGAUUAGGAAAAAAUGAGAAGGAGAUGUUUCUUGAUAUAGCAUGUUUUUAUAAAGGCUAUGAGAGGAAUUAUGUACAAAAAUUAUUAGAUGGUUGUGGUUUCCGUGGGGAAAAGGGAAUCAAUGAUCUUAUUGAUAGGUCUCUCAUAUCAAUUUCAAAAGUACGACGGAAAGAUUUGCUGUCAAGAGGAUUUAUAAAAAUGCAUGAUUUGGUGCAAGAAAUGGGUAGGGCAAUUGCUCGAGAACAACGUAGUAGGUUGUUCAAUGCUGAGGAUGUCUAUCAAGUGUUGACAAAUAACCAAAGAGAUGGACAUGUUCAAGCCAUAUCCUUUCACUUGUCUGAUUCUAAAACCCGACACUUGGAGUUGGAACAUGCAAACUUCGAAAAGAUGUAUCAACUGAGAUUCCUACGUGUCAGUCAUUUUCUUCCAUCAAUUGAUCUUCCCAAUUCUAUUAGAUUUCUUGAAUGGCACGAUUAUCCUUUGAAAUCUUUGCCAUCAAAAUUUUCUGCUCAAAAUCUUGUUUUCCUUCAAAUUUCGUCCAGCGUCGUUGGGGGGCAACUUUGGAAUGAAGACCAGAGUCCUGUGAACUUAAAAUGGAUCUGUCUUAAUGAAUGCAAACAUCUAACUGAAGUCCCAAAUCUCUCUCGGAGUCUGAAAAUUGAGCAUAUAGAUCUGUGGGGCUGUGAAAGUUUGGUUGAAAUUCCUUUGUAUUUUCAACAUCUUGGCAAGCUUACUUAUCUUGACCUUGGGGGCUGCACAAAUCUCAAAAAUCUUCCCGAGAUGCCAUGUAAUCUUGAAGUCUUACUUUUAUCUGACACAGCAAUAGAGGAAUUGCCUUCAUCAGUUUGGUCUCACGAAAAAAUAUCUCACUUAGAUAUUACAUAUUGUAGAGACCUUAGGAGUCUUCCGAGCAACAGUUGUAAGCUGAAACUCUCGGGUUCUCUUAGUCUAAAUGGCUGUGAAUCUCUUUGCGGGUUUUGGGAGCUUCCCACGAAUACAAGAGUGCUAGAUUUGAGUGAGACAUUAUUCUUAUCUUCCAGAAACCUUGUGAGUCUCCCAACGAACAUUUGGAAGUUGAAAUCUCUGGAGAGCCUUGAUCUCAGUUGCUGCUCCAAAUUUCAAAACUUCCCUGAAAUCUUGGAGGCUAUGGAACAUCUGGAGUUUCUAAAUUUAUCAGGUACAUCAGUUAAAGAGCUACCCCCAUCAAUUGGAAAUCUAGUUGCGCUUCGAAAAUUAGAUCUCGGUGAUUGCAAUAACCUUGAGGUUGUCCCUGAUGACCUCUUUUACUUAACCUCAUUACAAGAGUUAGAUCUGAGUAGCACCAAAAUUAAGAGAAUACCUGCAAGCAUCAAACAAGCUGCACAGCUGUCUUGCCUGUGCCUAAGGGAUUGCAAGAGCCUUGAAUUUUUACCAGAGCUCCCCCCAUUGCUGCAAUGUCUUGAAGCAGAAGGUUGCACGUCACUGAAGACAGUGUCAAGUUCAAGCACUGCAAUCACACAAGGUUGGGAAGAAUAUAUAUUUUCUCGAGGGCUUCAUGAGAAACAUAUAUUUUCUAAUUGCAGAAGGUUGGAUGAGAGUGCACGAAGCAACAUAAUGGGUGAUGCACAGCUCAAAAUUAUGCGAAUGGCAACUGCGUCAUCAAAGUUUAAAGAAGACAGAAGUAUGAACAAUCAUCAUAUGAUUCAGAUUAUUUCCAUGAUGAAUCAGAGAAGGAAUUUUUUGGCAAGAAAUCUUCGGUUGCCAUUAGAUGUUGGGGAUAUGAAAUUCCAAAAUGGUUCAGCCAUCAAAGUGAGGGAUCUUCAAUAAAGAUUGAGCUUCCUCCUGAUUGGUUUAGCACAGAUUUCUUUGGUUUUGCUCUAUCUUUUGUUGUUGGCUGUGCUGCACAGAAGAUUGGAUGCAAGUACAACUUCAAAACUAGUAAUGGUGAAAACCAUGAAGUCAACCAUCCUUUGUUUUAUGAUUCACAAAUAAAUGAACUAACCUUUGUUUAUGAAGAUUCACAUGAGGUGUUUGUGUGGUGGUAUAAUAAUGUCUUUGAAGAAGUUGCAGAGGAAGCUCGAAGCCCCACUGUGUUUUACAACCAUUUUACUGAGGUCAAUGUUGACUUCAACCUACUGAAUUAUCACCGCGAACCCCUUCCGGUGGGGGACGAGGUGGGGGUGGAAAAGUGUGGGAUAUGUCUGUUGUAUGGCAAAGAUGCUGAGAUGAUAAAGCAGAGGGCUUUGUAUGCCCAAGAUGACGAAAUUCAAAAUUUCUUUUGAUUUGAGCUGUUUGCUUUGCAAGCCUUGUGGCUGAGGAUGCUUUUGAUUUUGAGUUUGUUUUAACGCCCCAUGUAAGCCAUGUAAUUUCCUUCAUUGAUUUCAAGUUUUCAAUUGUUAAAAAGUCAACAGUAUUAAAUUGUACAUCAAUUGGAUUUCUGGAGAUGAAGAAAGCAGGGCCAUCGUUGGAUUCAA